GGGCAGAGAAGGAGCAAGGAGGGGGAAGCGGCAGGAGAAGAGGCAAGGAAGGACAGUAUGGCAAGCCGCAAGAGUGGACGUGCCCGACCCAUCAUGGAGAGCCUCCGUGCUCAGCCGGGACUUGCUGGCGUACGGCUGGAAGGACUGGCCGAGAGAGUGACCCGUAUGGCGGCUCGGAUGGUUCGCAAGAACGGUGCGCUGACGACAGGCUUUGAGCACGAGUUCAACUACACCAUGCAUGUUGCUGAGCUGUCGUCUUUUCUUCGCGAAGCUGGUCCCGGAGACGAUGGUCUCUCCUCUGAGAACCUCUACAAGAAUCGCUAUGCCAACAUCAUCCCCUUUGAUGCAAAUCGUCUGCGGCUGAACCAGCUCGCUCCAUCGGUUGAUCCGCCGGCUUCGGGGCCACUUCUCCCGGCAGAGCCGGAUCCAGACGCUCCGCUCACUCCGGAUGCUGUCGAGGCAACUUCGCCGUCUGUUCUUCCGGUUAUGGUUGGCGUUGCGGCCGUCUCGGAGGCCACCGACUAUGUCAAUGCGUCCAAGGUUUCGGGCAUCGGCCGCGACGCCCGCGACGCGUACAUUGUGGCCCAAGCGCCGCUGCCAUGGACGAUGGAGGCGUACUGGUCUGCCAUCUGGCAGGAAGGUAUCUCGCACAUUGUCAUGCUCACCGACUUUGUAGAGUCGUCGGUCAUCAAGGCCGACAAGUACUGGCCACCGCCGCGCUCUGCCGCUGCUGCCGCUGCGGCGCCAGGCACCGCGCUUGGUCCCGGCGCGCUCACCGCCGGCCCAUUCCGCAUCGCCACCGCAUCAUACGAGGUGGAUUCAGAGGCCGGCGCCGAGAUCCGCGUCCUGCUCCUCACCCGAGUCGACGGACGGCCGGGUGUCGAGGCCGAGACGCGGACCAUCAAGCACUUUCACUUUCGGGCGUGGCCCGACCACGGCGUGCCCGAGGACUCGGCCAAGUUCCUCGUCCUCAUCCAGCAGGUGUGGGCGUCGCGCGGGAUGAGCGGCACUCCCGCGGCAGCGACUAGUGACGGUUCGUCGUCGCACUCGGCGCUCGACGACGAUAGCAAUGACGACGAGAGUGCGUCCAUCACCGAAGACGAAGCCCCGCUUCUGGUCCACUGCUCGGCCGGAGUCGGGCGGACCGGCGUGUUUGUCGUUGUCGACGCCAUCCUUCGCCACGUCCACGCCGAGAUCGAGGCCGGCACGCCGGCGCAGGACAUCACGGUUUCCAUCCCGCUCACCGUUCUCGAGCUCCGCAAGCAGCGGCGGUACUUUGUCCAGACGCCGCAGCAGUACGAGCUCUGCUACACCGCUGUCCUCAACUACAUCACCAACCUUCUUGAUGACGAGGGCACCAGCAGCCCCGCCAAUUCGUACUGUGGACUGCCCCAGUUCCAUGCCAGGGUUCCCCGUGGCGCCAUCCUCCGCAUAGUGGCCGAGGACCCCAAGGGCCGUGGCUAUGUCCGCUGCCAGGCGCCCGACGGCCAGCUCGGCUGGAUCCCCUCCUCCAUCCUGCUGGAGGACUCGGAGCACAAGUUCACCGCAGCUGCUGCUGCCGCCGCUACUCCGGCGACACCGCCAACCAGUGGCGAAGAUCUGGUCGAAGAUUCCGACUUGCGCGCCCUGCAGCUCCACAUGGCCGAGCUUGACAUGGCUGGCCUCCCGCCGCCGUCGUCUUCGGCAUCGGCUCCUACGGGAGCGUCUCCCCACGCGGUCAUAUGUCCGCAGGCCGAUCUCAUCUCGCACGACUCGCCUGUCGCCUCGGUCCUCAUCGAGUGCUCGUACUGCGCUGCAGAGUGCUGCGUAGCCUGCCUCGAGACCCACGAGCGCUCGCUCAAGAAGCGUGCGCGCGCCGGUGCCCAAGCCGCCCCCCGGCCGACACUGUCUCCGGCUUCACUUGCCGUGCCAGACAUCACCGGCGACGAGGUCGACGAUCUUCUCUCGCCGACAGCCUCGGGUCGGAUGGCUCAGCGACUGGCGUGUGUGAUGUGUUUUGAGCGGCCGCGCAACGCGGCCUUUGUUCAUGGCGCACAGGCCCACUUUGCAUGCUGCAUGACCUGUGCUGAAGCUGUCAUGUCGCAAUCUGGGCAGUGCUGCAUCUGCUCGGUCGAAAUCGAUCUUGUGGUCCAAGUCUACACCUCGUGA